CUAGAAUCCAGAGAUAGACCACAAUCCAAACCCUAUUUCCAGAAUUGGUGCUUGCUUAUUUGAUCAUCUCUUCAACUCGAAAAGAACUCCUUUUGGGGCCUGGGCAGGUAAUUGAUUCCAUUCCACAUCGAUUUAGGUAUUUAAAUGAUUACAUUCCCCUCUACAAUAAGCAGAUUUAACAGUAUCAAUGUUCUUUUUUGCAGCACAAUCCAUGGCUGAACAACGACAAGCCAGUGACGCUCCACCAACUGCAAGCGUUGUUGCUGUCUCGAACCCAACAACUUCUCCAACUCCAAACGUUGUUGAAGUUGCCCCUGGUGUUCAAAAUGCAGAUCAAGCAAAUCAACCAAAUGCAAAUAAGAUUAAUCAGCCGAAUCCAAAUGAUUCUGUUGAGGCUGUACAAGAAGAGGGGGUUGCCAAGGGUGGUAACAACAGAACUUUCUCUGAAUGGUGGGCACAUUAUGAUCGAUUAACAGUUGGGGGAGUGAAGAAGGCCAAGUGCAAAUACUGCAAGAGAUUGAUGAUGGGAGAGCCAAAGCACGGGACCAGUCACUUGAAAAAGCACUACAACAGAUGCCCUAAGAGGACUUGCACAGAUUUAAGCUGCUGUGGGAGAUUCAAGUUGCUGUGAUGUUCUUUGCUGCUUUUUGAAGAGGAGUUCUUGUUGGAAUGUUAUGAUUUCUAUUUUAUUUUGUUUUGAAGAUUUCUGGGUUUGAACCUUAUUUUAAGUUUGAUGUUUUGUUGUUUCGGAGGACUUGGAUUUAUGCUUUUAAUUCGGUUGGAAUGGUUAAGCAGGCUAUUUUGUUCUUUUUUAUCAAUUAUUAGUUUGUGCACUUGUUUUGAAUUAUCACUGAACAGGGCGGGUCUGGGUCGGACCCGACCCGUGCGGGUUGAGGCGUGGGUCACCAUAAGCAGGCCCGUGGUGGGUUUUGGGGCGGGGCGGGCCAUGAAAAAAAAUGACGGAGUUGGGC